CAACCAACUUUCAUCAACCAACAUCCAUCAGCCAACAUCCAUCACCAGCCCACAUCGUUCUGUCCAACAAUCAUGCCAUCUCUUUUUGACAACCGGGAUGAGGAAAGCUCUGGGCCCAUGCCUUAUGGUUACAAGGUAACUUGCCGGGCUCUCCGCCGGGACAAGAUCCGAGCCGCCAGAUUCUUUCAAGACCAGCUGCGAAAAAGCAUCAAGUUCCGGGACUGGUCUUUCACCCGAGAGCGGUUUGCUUGCUAGAUACACACAGACCUCGGUGUCCUGCACCAAUAUGUGGAUAGAAUCAGAGCUUGCCCAAACAUGGUGAGCAAGGAAUCCGAGUUCAGCCAGGUGGUGCAAUAUCUUGAAUUUUACGCUCUUGCGGUGAGGAAGUGCCUAGAAGCCACACAUGGCGAUCCUGCGCUCCCCCCGACUCCGGAGUCCCCUAGCGAUCUACUGAGAACACACAUCAUUCCGCCAAACUACUUCGUCAAUGACCAACCACCAAAAUUCCAGGCCGGGCUCCUUAACCUCCUCCAAAUGGCUGCUUUCCCCGCUCAGUUUGCGGGCAGGUAUAGCCUUUUGAGAGAAUACGCUCAACUCAAUUUCAACACCAGUACGAUGAAUUGGGAGUUCUUCCACCUGCACGAAGACUGGAACCUGUUUGAUCUGCCCCGAGACAUGCAGACGCUGUGGAAAACCCAUCGUUUCGCGCUGGAGUGUCUUGGUGAGACUGCCCGCUGUCCACGGAAUCCCGCCAUCGUUUUCGUCAAGCUUCGGCUUCACUGGUUACCGGAGGGCAGCUCUAUGCCCAGUGACGCCGUCAUUAAUCUGGCUGACGAAGACAUUCUGGAAAUGAUGAAUCUGGAGCAUUACGAGGAAGACACGUCUAGGUCUAAGGAUGGGUUCGAGGUGAUGUCGAAGCCUAUAUAUCCUGAUCAUGAGGAUGGUUUUGAGGACGAUGGGUUUGAGGGUUUGCGGCCUCUAUACAAGACGGGGGAUGUCUAUUGCCUGCCUGUACCGAGAGAACAAGUCCUAAGGGUCCAGCAGGCUUUUGACCUUCAAUGGCAUCUCAGAGAGGCUGGGUUCAUGGCUGGAAUCAAGUGUGCAUGAUGGGAGGUUUGAUAUCAUAUUAACGAGCGAUUGGGAAAAGA